AUGGCAGGUGAAGUCGCCGCCGUCAGCCAGUACCCGGAGCCGCCCCACUACUACCGGCUGUACCGGGACGGCGCGCAGGCGGGGCCGCCCCCGCCGCCGCCAGUGGUGGAAGAGUUCACCCUCUUUGGGGCGCCAUUCAACCUGAGAGAGCCGCUCGCGCCGCCGCUGGAGGUGGGGGCGCUCUUCAGGCCGCGCCCGGACGGCACCAUAGACGCCAAGCAGGAGCUGCUGCAGCUGAACCGCCUACUGCUCUGCCUCUUCCUAGAGCUGCUGUCGGUGCUGGUGGAGCAGCCCACCGCUUACGCAGAGACGCUCACGCGCGUCAUCGGGGCGCUGCAGAACAUGCAGCACUUGGCCAACCUGCUGCGGCCGCAGCAGGCGCGGCACACGCUGGAGCAUAUGCUCAAGACCCAGAUCGCCAGAAAGCGGGAGGCGCUCGCCGGCCUGCGGACCGAGGUAGCGCGGAUACGGGAGCAGCUUGGCGCCACCGUCGCGCGGUUGGCGGCGGCGGGCGACGACGCGGCGGAGUCCGCGCCGCGGCCCGGGGCCGCGGGUGCGACGGUGGAGGGCGGCGAGGGCCGUGGCGCGUCGGCGAUGGACACCUCAUAG